AUGCACGACCUCGAGAUCCUCCAGAGAGGAGGCUACCAAGACGAGGCUCUGAGAACGCUCAAACUGACUUGUGCUCUGGAAACAUUCCCCAAGGAAAUCUUGGAUCUCGGCCAGACGCUCGAACAGCUCGACCUCUCAGGGACAGGUCUCUCCUCCCUUCCAUCAAAUUUUGGACCGAGCCUACCGAAUCUCAAAAUCGUCUUCUUUUCACAAUGUCAAUUCAAGACUUUCCCGAAUGAGCUGGCUUCCUGCCCCCAGCUGGAGAUGGUCGCCUUUCGAGGGAACGGCAUGACUUUUGUCCCUGAGGAUGCGCUUCCGCCCUGUCUGCGAUGGCUGAUUCUGACGGAUAACAACUUGGAGAGCUUGCCAAGAAGCAUUGGGAAUUGUGGAAGACUGCAGAAGUGCAUGCUGGCAGGCAAUCAGCUUGAGUCGUUACCCGAGGAAAUGCGGGAAUGCAAGAAGCUGGGUCUUCUGCGUCUCAGCUCGAACAGGCUAAAAGCACUUCCAGAGUGGCUUUUCGACAUGCCUGAGUUGGCAUUCCUCAGCUUUGCUGGUAAUCCUUGCUCUACGCCGACCGAGGAGACGGAUAGAGUCCCAGUGCACACGAAUGGUCAUACACAUACCAGGCUUGCGCACGUGGCUUGGUCCGACCUCGAGGUUCAUGAAACGCUUGGACAGGGGGCGUCCGGCAUCAUAUCGAAAGGCCUCUGGCGGAUUGACCCGGAAACUAGGCUUGAAGUCGCAAUCAAGCUCUUCAGAGGUGCAUUAACGAGCGACGGCACCCCACUAGAUGAGAUGCGAGCUUGCAUAGCAGCAGGCCAGCACGAGGGCAUCAUUGAUGUCCUUGGCCAGAUCCAGGGCCAUCCAGACGAGGCCAGCGGUUCCUUUAAAGGAGGCCUUGUUAUGCAACUCAUCCCUCCUCACUACCUCACCCUGGGACAACCGCCGUCGUUGAAGACCUGCACAAGAGACACAUACCCAGCAGAUGCGAUACUGGCGCUCGACAAGGCCCUUAACAUCCUGACUGGCAUUGCAUCAGCUGCGGCGCAUCUUCACUCGAAAGGCAUCGCACACGGGGAUCUGUACGCACAUAACAUCCUCACGGAUACGGAGGGUCAUUCGUUACUAGGCGAUUUCGGUGCCGCAACAAUAUACGAUCGGUGUGUCUCGCCGCUGCUGGAAAAAUUGGAGAUCCUCGCCUUUGCGCACCUCAUUGAGGAAAUCCUGAGCCUGGUGCGUGCAGAAGAGGACGUGCAGGUUUUGGCAUUGCUUCAAGACCUUCACCGGCGUUGCUGCGUGGCGCAAGUUGUUGCACGUCCUGUCUUCACGGAGGUCAUCGCGGGAUUGAAAUUAGCUACUGACGCAGCUCAGAAUUACCUGAGCAAAGGUCUUCGCAAUUAG